GUUUUAUUAUAAUAUUACGCUACCACAAAUUGGCGACGAAGUGGGAUUAAUUCAGUUGUUUAAAUUGUUUAUUUGUUCUAUUCGUGUGUGUUGUGUGUUGAGCUUGAUAAGCAUCUAUCGCUGCAAUUCUGUAAGAAGUAGAAGAAGACGGAAACACGUCUAAGGAAAGUUUUGUUUUGGGUUGUGCGUAAGCCCAAGAUCUGCGACACGGAGCAGGGAUUUGCGACUCGGAGCAGGGAUUUGCGACUCGGAGCAGGGAUUUGCGACUUGGAGCAGGAAGAGCUGCCGCGACAAGAUAGCGGUUGGUACGCGCGGUUAGAUUUGAUCCGAUAGAUAAAGCCGAGUAGAGCAGGAAUUGUUCACCAAACAGUAGGGUGACCAGAUUUGGAUAAAACAGGUAAUGUGUUUGUGUGUUUUUUUUAAUGAGACUGACAUGAUAAGAAUUGUUUUAUAGGAUGGACAAAAACAGCGCUUUCUCUAAUUUUCCCACGUUCACCUACGGUGCUGUGCCAUUGGCUGAACGACGAGCAAAAUGGUUCAGUUGGAAGCGCGGCUUUGAAAUUUGUUUGAGAGCUUCAAAGAUUACUGACUCCGAAGAGAGAAAGGAUUUGUUGCUAGCGAAAGGCGGAUUUGAACUGCAAGAGAUAUUUUUUAAUAUACCUGGGGCAGAUGUGGCCACUGAUAUUGAAAAUAACAUCGAUGCGUAUUCGGUUGCCAUCGAGAAGUUGGACGGUUACUUUGCUCCGCAGCGUCAUGAAGCGCAUGAACGCUACAUUUUCUGGGCCAUGAAACCAGAACCAGAAGAGAGUUUAGAGAAGUUCUUGAUGCGUGCUCAAAUGCAUGCCAGUAAAUGCAACUUUGGGAAGUCGUCGACAGAGAGUUCUGGUAUUGCCGUGAUUGAUAAGUUACUCCAAUUUGUUCCCAGUCAUCUCCGAGAGAAACUUUUGUUGGAGGUUGACCUGACCGUAGAAAAAGUCAUGCAACAGGUCAGCGCAUUUGAAACGACUCGAUCUGCUAGUGAACAGAUUAGUGGACAAAGCAUAUUGCAACAACCGGUCAAGAGCUCCGAAACAGUAUCGCGUAUACCUUCGACCUGUAAGUUUUGUGGCCGAUCACAUACUCCUGAUGGUUCAUGCCCAGCUUGGAAUAAAACUUGUUCUAACUGUGGCAAGCGAGGGCAUUUCCGAGCAGUUUGUUUUAGCAGAGUCGCUGUUGCUUCCAGUAGCCGAAGCGCAGACCCAUUCCCGGGCCCCAGCUCAACAAAGCGAAGUUUUGGACAGGCUUUCCAAAGAAAUAUGGGUCCUUCGACCAAGUCCAACAUCAAUUCGCAGAAGCGACGGCCAGGCCGGCUUCACGCUAUUGAGGAUGAUGAAAAUGAUGAAGAUAUUCCAGAGUUAAUUGAGAUGGUUUCAUCUGCGAGCGAUUCCGAUGAACUUUUGUGUGUGAAAGUGGGUGGAGUGCUUAUCGAGAUGCAAAUUGAUUCCGGCGUGCAAUCCAACAUAAUUGAUGAUCAAACUUGGAGUUCUAUGUUGCGUUCUGGUGUGAAAACUGUUGGAUCCAUUCGUCAGUCGGAUAGGAAGUUCAAAGCUUAUGCUCAGACGGACUGUCUUAACGUUCUGGCCAUGUUUGACGCAGAAACCUCGAUCACUGAUGGCAACAAGAAAUUGUGUACUGAUGCAAGAUUCUACGUAGUACAAGGAGGUCCACAACCGUUGUUAGGCAAGAUUACAGCGAAGAAGCUAGGAGUGCUGGUGGUGGGGUUGCCGAGUCAUCGGAGUCAACAGGAAAUGCUACAUCAGUUGGACAUUGUUAGGCCAUUUCCAUGCGUUCAAGGUGUCAAGAUCCAUAUUCCGAUUGACAGAUCGGUCGAACCUGUUGCUCAACGACUACGCCGAUUGCCAUUCGCUACGCUUGAUUGAGUUGAGGAAAAGUUGAAGGAAUUGGAAUCCAAGGAUAUAAUUGAGAAAGUUUCUGAACCAAGUUCGUGGGUUUCUCCAUUGGUGGUCGUGGUUAAGGAUAGCGGCGACAUCAGGUUGUGCAUCGACAUGCGACAGGUGAAUAAAGCAAUCAUGCGCGAAACUCAUCCACUUCCAACUAUUGAGGAUAUUCGAUGGAAAUUGAAUGGUGCUCGAGUGUUUUCUCGACUGGAUAUUAAAGAUGCUUUCCACCAGUUGGAGCUUGAUGACGAAAGCAAACCUUUAACAACUUUCAUCACUCAUAAGGGUAUGUAAUUUGUAAUGUAUUGUGUCUCAUAAUUGGUAGAUAUUAAAGUAUGAUCAUGCUUAUAUUCAAGGUCUUUUUCGUUAUAAACGGCUUCUUUUUGGAGUAUCAUGUGCUCCAGAGAUGUUCCAAAAGGUGUUAGAACAGAUUUUGUCGGAUUGUCCCAAUACCAUUAACUUCAUCGAUGAUAUUAUCAUAGCGGGAAAAACGGAGCGAGAACACGAUGAAGCCCUGGAAAAGGUUUUACACAAACUAAAGCAAUGUGGUAUUUUACUAAAUCAGGCUAAAUGUGCAUUCAAGCUGAACGAGAUUGCCUUUGUGGGUCAUCUUUUCAAUAAGGAUGGAAUGACCGCUUCUCCAGACAAAAUAGAUGCUAUUAAAACAUUUAGACCGCCAUCUACUAGUGAGGAAGUGCGCAGUUUUCUGGGUUUGGUGAAUUACGUCGGAGCCUUCAUUCCAAAUCUUGCCACGAUAUCGUUUCCGUUGCGUGAACUCACAAAGCACAAUGUUCCAUUCCGCUGGACUGAAGAAGAAAAGAACGCAUUUGAAUUCAUCAUAAAUCAAAUGGCGUGCGUUGGUAAUUUGGCACAUUUUGACCCUAAGUUGAAGACUCGAGUAGUAGCUGAUGCUUCUCCAGUUGGACUGGGCGCUAUACUUCUUCAAUAUUUUGAAGGAAAACCAAGGGUGAUAUCGUUCGCUAGUAAAAGCCUAACAGAUACCGAAAAGCGAUACGCACAAACCGAGAAAGAAGCUCUUGCUUUGGUGUGGGCAGUAGAAAGGUUUCAGAUAUAUCUGCUUGGCAUUCAUUUUGAGCUAGAAACGGAUCACAAGCCCCUGGAAGCUAUAUUUUCACCGCGUUCUUCUCCAUGCCUUCGGAUUGAGCGUUGGGUUUUGCGUUUACAGGCGUUCUCCUACGACGUAAUCUACAGGAAAGGCAAGUCAAACAUAGCAGAUCCGUUAUCUCGACUAUCACAGCCAGCUGAUAAGGAAGUAUUUGAUGCCGAUUCCGACGUGUAUAUUAGAAGUGUAACAGAACUUGCAGCUGUAGAUAUAACUGAAAUGGAUGAAGUCUCCAAGGAAGAUCCUGAACUAUCAGCUUUAAGGGAAUGUCUGGACCAAGGAACAUGGAACCAUACUGUGGAUGCAAUAAAGCCGUAUCAUGCGUUCCGCAACGAACUAGGGAAAGUUGGAUACAUGGUGGUGAGAGGUGAUAGGUUAAUAGUGCCAUUCAGUUUGAGGCGAAGAAUGUUGGAAUUAGGGCACGAAGGUCAUCCCGGUAAAACUAAGAUGCAGCAACGUUUGCGGAAUAAUUGCUGGUGGCCUGGGAUGGAUGAUGCUAUAGCUCGCGCAGUAGAUGGGUGCGAAGGAUGUCGUUUAGUAAGCCAACCAGAUCGUCCUGAACCGAUGCAAAGAAGGCCAUUACCUGAAGCUCCUUGGUUAGAUGUAGCGAUCGACUUUUUGGGGCCCCUACCUUCCGGAGAUUAUCUUUUGGUAAUCAUUGACUAUUUUAGUCGAUACAAAGAAGUGGAAAUUCUUAGGAAGAUAACAGCACAAGAGACGGCAGAACGUUUAGAAAGGAUUUUUGUGAGACUCGGUUACCCACGGACGAUUACGUUGGACAACGGGAGACAAUUCGUCAGUAGGGAGUUCGAAGAAUUCUGCAAUCGAAGGGGGAUCAUUCUGAACCGGACAACUCCUUACUGGCCUCAGGAAAAUGGACUUGUAGAACGUCAAAAUCGGUCAUUGAUGAAAAGACUUAAGAUCAGUCAAGCCCUAAACCGUGAUUGGAAAAAGGAUCUCAACGAUUACCUGGCUAUGUAUUAUUCAACGCCGCAUACCAUAACUGCGAAAACUCCUUCUGAGUUGAUGAGUGGAAGGAAUAUUCGCACAAAACUUCCAUCAUUGAAGGAUUUGGCCUCAUCUGUACCAUCAACGGACUACAGGGACAGAGAUCAGCAAGCGAAAGAAAAAAGCAGGGUUGCAGAGGACCAUCGAAGACGCGCCAAAGCAUCAGAUUUGACCAUUGGGGAUAAAGUUCUUAUGAAGAAUGUGCUUCCAGGUAACAAACUUACUCCCACCUUUAGCCCGAGCGUGAUGACAGUUACUGCGAAAGAUGGUUCACGCGUAACAGUUCAAAAUGACGAAACACGGAAGAGUUAUGAUAGGAAUACGAGCCAUUUAAAGAAGAUCGUGGAUCCAAGUGUUAGAGAUAGAGAUGAAGACCAAUAUCAGCAGGAAACUGAAAAGGAGGCAGAGGAACUUGAGGAUCCAUUGUAUGUAGAACCAGGUAUUUCCACGAUGGACCCUGAUGAAGCAGAGACAGCUAUAGAACCACCGAGAUUGCAACGGAGCCGGCCCCAGCGGAACAUUAAGAAAGCCCGUUACUUUGAUGAUUGUGAGCUUGAUUAUUGAUCAUUAGUUAGUCUUAAUAUCCAAUAAAGAAAGGGAGAUGUAGUGAGAUGUUUAUGUACCUUUGUCUGUGGUCUGCACCAACACACUUAUGAAUGUAGUAUUAUAUUACCUCUGGAUGUAUGAUGUACCUUGGUUUGUUGACAACUGAAUAGAAUUGAUAGUAUCGAGCUACGGUGUUUUAUUAUAAUAUUACGCUACCACAAAUUUCAA